AUGAACUUCAGUGCGGAUAAUGCCAGGGAGCUGAGACACAGGCUGGAAGAUGCUGCCAUAAAGUGCUCUGAACGGUGCCUGUAUCACUCUGCCAAAUGGGCGGCAGAGAUGCUGGAUUCGCUGGUCCCAAUCGACGAGGAUGAAGGGACAGAUACAGAGCCAAAUUCGCCCAUGGACGUUUCUCCUGCUCUGCCGACCAACCCGUUCCUUGGACCUCAAGACCCCGAGGAAGCUGCCCUGGAAACAAAAGAAGCUUACAAGUACAUACUCGCAAAGUCCUAUUUUGAUACUCGGGAAUAUGACCGUUGCGCGGCCGUCUUUCUUCCUCCGUCUAUGUCCUCAAUUCCACUAGCACCCCGUGCUCCAUCAACAUCCAAAUCAAAGACACCCCUUCAGUCUCAAAAGGGCAAAGAACCGGCAACGAUCUUUGGUGGUAAAAAGAAGAGCAGCUCCUCGCCGCAAAAUCCCUUUCCAGUUCUAAGUCAGAAAUCCUUAUUCCUCGCACUAUAUGCGAAGUAUUUGGCUGGUGAGAAAAGAAAGGACGAGGAGACGGAGAUGGUGCUUGGGCCGGCAGAUGGAGGCAUGACCGUGAAUAAGGAACUGCCAGGGCUUGCCCAAGGGCUCGAAGGCUGGUUUGCCGACAGGCGGGAAAAGGGCCUAGAAGAUUCAGGACAGGGAUGGCUCGAAUAUCUCUACGGAGUCGUGCUUUUGAAAGCGAAAAACGAAGAAGAAGCCAAAAAAUGGCUAAUACGAAGCGUACACCUUUAUCCAUUCCACUGGGGCGCAUGGCAAGAGUUAAACGACUUGUUAGCCAGUACAGAUGACCUCAAGAGAGUAGUAGACGAAUUACCCCAAAACAUAAUGACUCUAGUGUUCCACCUAUAUUCUAGUCAGGAGCUCUAUCAGGCAACCGAGCAAACCCACCAGAUCCUUUCUGAGCUUGAAGGAGUCUUCCCGUCGAGCUCAUUCCUAAAGACUCAACGAGCCUUACUCUACUAUCACUCAAAAGAUUUUGAAGAAGCUUCCCAUCUUUUUUCUGAACUUUUAAUCAAUUCCCCUCACCGUCUGGAUUGUCUAGACCAUUAUUCAAACAUUUUAUAUGUCAUGGGCGCACGCCCACAACUUGCAUUCAUUGCUCAGCUAGCCACUGCAACAGAUAAAUUUCGCCCAGAAACCUGUUGUGUUGUGGGCAACUAUUAUUCCCUAAAAUCAGAACACGAGAAAGCAGUGAUGUACUUUCGGCGCGCGCUAACAUUAGACAGGAACUUUUUAUCCGCAUGGACGCUCAUGGGCCAUGAAUACAUUGAGAUGAAAAAUACCCACGCCGCAAUUGAGUCUUAUCGGCGAGCUGUUGAUGUUAAUCGCAAGGACUACCGUGCAUGGUAUGGUCUAGGUCAGGCUUAUGAGGUGCUGGACAUGUCUUUUUAUGCCCUUUUCUACUACCAGCGUGCUGCAGCCCUACGGCCAUAUGACCCCAAAAUGUGGCAGGCUGUGGGAUCCUGCUACGCCAAAAUGGGCCGUCUCGAACAAGGUAUCCAGGCGCUUAAGCGUGCGCUGGCUGCAGGGUCAUACUCUGACGGUGGAGGAAUGGGUUUGAACUCAUUUUCCAGCGCGGGAGGCGCUGGCGGUUUGAAUCCAAAAGGCGCUGGAAACGCCUCAAGAGUACUUGAUCCCGAGACACUUUACCAGAUUGCAACUUUACAUGAAAGGUUAGGGGAUGUGCAGGGAGCUCGUGCAUACAUGGAGCUCACAUUAAGACAGGAGGUGAUACUACUAGAGGAUGAUUCUGAUUACGAACCCGAGGAAAAAGAUGGUUGGGGAAGACAAAACUCCUCGGCAACUGAGCAAUACACCGAAAUAGGAGGCACAGGAGUGACAGCAACUACUUCGAAGGCUCGUUUAUGGCUUGCGAGAUACUUUUUUAAAGGAAAUAACUUUGCCAGGGCUGACGAAUUGGCCAACGAAUUACGUCACCAUGGUGUUGAGGUUGAGGAAGCGCAGGCACUGUUGAGGGAUAUCAAAUCGAGAAGGGCAUUCCUCGAUAACCAAUGA